AUGCGCGUUCCUAUCCAGCCCCCUCUUCCCCCCUCACACAAUGCUUCAGAGCCCCCAGUCGAGGACAGCGAGACCUUGUAUCUCCUCGUAGCGACGCUAUUGAUCCCCGGCCGCGGAGAGCCCAUCCACAAUGGGGCGCUCGUCAUCAAAGGCGACAAGAUUGAGUGGGUUGGCAGCUAUUUCAACAGACCGUCCAAGUACCAGAAUCUCCCGCCGAGACAUGUGCCUGUCCUGAUGCCGGGCCUGUGGGACUGCCACGUCCACUUCAUGGGGUUGGACGUCAUUAGCGACCUGGCCUCGAUGGGCUCAUACCUCCCGGGCUACAAUGCCCUGGCCGGCGCCGUCACGGUCGAUGAUCUGAAGGAGACGCUGAUGGCCGGCUACACGUCGGUGCGAGAGCUGGGAGGAUUCGGAGGAGACUUGUGGCCUGCCGUGCAAAACGGCCCCCUGAUCGGGCCCAACAUCUAUUCUGCGAUUGCUCCGUUGUCCAUCACGGGUGGUCACGCCGAUGACCACUCGGCGCCCAUCAGCACGGUCAUGGCUGCCAUGAACUGCGGCGGCAGUCCCAUUGGUGUAUGUGAUGGUGUUGACGACUGCGUCAAGACGGUUCGAAACAUGAUAAGACGAGGCGCUCGUUGCAUCAAAGUCUGCUCCACCGGAGGUGUUGGCAGCCUCAACGAUGACCCGGAAGACCGCCAGUUCUCCGACGAGGAGCUCAAGGCCAUGGUGGAAGAGGCGGCUCGAAGCCGACGAGCAGUGGCCGCUCAUGCCAUGGGCAAAGCUGGUAUUCUGGCUGCGCUUCGAGCGGGCGUCAAGUCUAUCGAACAUGGCUGCUACCUCGACGAUGAAGUGGCCGACGUCAUGCUUGAGAAGGAUGCCAUCUUCGUCCCGACGCAGCACAUUAUCCGCAUUCUAGCUCGAGACUACAGCGAUCUGCUUCCCCCUCUGGUCAAACGCAAGCUGAUUGGCAUCCAUGACCAGUCCAGGGUCGCAUACAAAUUGGCCAUCAAGAGAGGAGUCAAAGUUGCUCUAGGAACCGACAUGACCAGUAGUGCGAGAGCAUCAGCCCUCUCACACGGCAACAAUGCACAUGAACUCACAUACGCGGUAGAACUGGGCAUGACACCACUUCAGGCGAUUGAAAGCGCAACAGCCAAUGGACCGGAGACCCUGGGAGGGCUGGCACCGUUGAGCGGGCAGCUAAAGGCGGGAUAUGAUGCCGAUAUUAUCGCUGUUGUCAAGAACCCGCUGAAUGACAUCCGAGUCUUGACGGACACCAGUAACAUAACGCACGUAUGGAAAGGCGGCAAGUUGUUCAAGAGUCGGCCCUGGAUGUCAACUCAGACAUCCGACGAGUUGCUCUAG